CUUUCUCUUUCUGUAGAACCUCAAAAGAGAGUUUUUAUUUUAUUUUCUUUAAAUUGCUUUUAUUAGCUGAUCAGGCAAACAACACAACACAAUACCCACCCAGGCCAGGAGCACCACUUCACUAUUUCUCUCUUUGCUCUCCCAUCAAUUUCACUCACGCUUUUCUAGGGUUUUUUGUUAUGUUUUCCUCUUCAUCCAUGUCAUCAUCCUCCUCUUCCUUCUCCUCUAGAUUUUGCUUCAACCACGAAUGUUUCGAGUUCAAGCUCGACCAUUGCCGUCCUGGUUGGCGUCUCCGUACUGGCGAUUUCGUCGACCUCUGUGAUCGUUGCGCCUCUCUUUACGAGCAAGGAAAGUUUUGUGACGUAUUUCACCAAAAGGCUUCCGGGUGGAGGUGUUGUGAGUCAUGUGGAAAGCGAAUUCAUUGUGGUUGUAUUGUUUCUGCAUCUACUUAUAUGUUACUGGAUGCUGGAGGAAUUGAGUGUUUGGCUUGCGCAAGAAAAAAAGUUGCUUUGGGACCUAAUUUUCCGCCAUCACCGUCCUUUCUUUUCCAAUCUCCAAUUUCUGAGAAAUUCAAGGACUUGUCGAUCAACUGGAGUUCUUCAACUAGGUCAAAUCAGAUAAGCUUCCAGCCCCCUAGUUGUUUAGGUCCUUCAGUUCUGCAGUUUGAUUUGCGUAAUCGUGGAGAUAAUAAUGAAUUUAGUCAACCUACUUCUAAAGAGAGGGCCACUGCAUGUUCCAUGGAGAAAAAAAGGGGAAUAAAUAACUUGAUAGGGAAAUUGAUGAGCGAAAACAUGCAAAAGUAUAAAGUAUCUCCUUUUCCAAAUGGACCAAAUAUCAAUGUCUAUCACCCUUGCGGGACACAGCUUGCGUUUCCUGUGCCAAUUACAACACCAAUUGAGAAAACUGGUCACUCUAGACUAUCUGGAAGUCAUUUAUGGCAGACACCUAAUUGUUCUCCACUAAGUCACUUACACUAUGACUUGAAUGGUGGAGCAGACUCGCUACUCGAAAGCAAGAGUCGUAAUGUGAGGACUCAACUUGAUGCACCAGGAAAAUAUCAGGUGGUUCCACAAUAUUGGCCCAAGGUUUCAAAUAAAAAUCAGCAGAAUCAAUCAAAAGAAUCUGAAUCCAUUGUCACUCAUCUGUUUGAGAAGAUUCUGAGUGCAAGUGAUACUGGAAGAGUUGGGCGGCUGGUGGUACCAAAGAAAUGUGCAGAGGCUUUCUUUCCUCAAAUUUCCCACCCCGAGGGUGUGCCUCUCAAGAUACAGGACCCAAUGGGUAAAGAAUGGACAUUUCAGUUUCGCUUUUGGCCAAACAACAAUAGCAGAAUUUAUGUUCUAGAGGGAGUAAAUCCAUGCAUACAGAGCCUGGUGUUGCAGACUGGUGAUACAGUCAUAUUUAGUCGAUUAGAUCCAGAAAGGAAGUUAAUUUUGGGAUUCAGAAAGGCUGCCAUCGCUCAAUCAACUGAUCAGGAAACUAACUCAACGAAUAACAAUCGUGACACUUGCACAAACAAAGAUGCUGAACCGGCUGAUAUGCAUUCACUGUCUGAAGUUAAGAAGUCCACCUAUAUAACUAAAGAAACCCCAGGGGUAGAAUUUUCCUCCGGUAAGAAGAAUAGCAGCAUGAUGAUUACAAGAGGUAAACGUCAAAAAGUUGAAAAGGGAGACCAUAUCGAGCUGAGGCUAACGUGGGAAGAAGCUCAAGGAUUCCUCCUGCCUCCACCCAACCUCACUCCAUCUAAAGUUGUGAUAGAUGAUUAUGAGUUUGAGGAGUAUGAGGAUGCUCCAAUCAUCGGGAAGCCUAUUGAUGAUACAGGAUCAACAUGCACUCCAGAUCAAAAACUUGUAGCUCAACAGCAGAAUGAGGAAGCCAUGGAAGAAGCUGAAAGACUCUUGAUGUCACCCAAAACAACCACAAAGCACCCACGGCAUAGAAAUGGCUGUAGUUGCAUCGUUUGCAUACAAUCUCCAAGUGGUGCAGGUCCUAAGCAUGACCGACGCUGUUCUUGUGCGGUCUGCGAAGCUGUAAAACGCCGUAGGCAUUCUCUGUUGUUACGGAGGGAAAAGAAGCAGAUGGGGAAAGAAGACAAUGCACACAAGGAGCUCGAGCAACCGAAUUCUGAUGAUGAACUUCACCAAUCUGCUAACAACAGUGAGAACCAUGAGUGUCAUACUUCGCCUUUGAAAGUCCAAUUAGAUUUGAACUUCAAACCAGAGAAAGACGGGGAAUCUCUACCUGAUUAUAACAAAACUACCAAAAAAAAGACUCUGCAUCAUGAUGACACAGUGAAGUCUAGCUUCAAUUCACCAAGCUCAUCAACUGCUCAUAGCCAAAUUAAUAGAGAAGAAGAGGAACUCAAGAAAAACACAGAAAUUGCAGACACCACCACAAGCUCCAUAUAGAUUUUGAAGACUCCUAUUGCUGCAAGGUGAAUAGAUUACGAAGGGAAAUAUCAGCAGAAACCUUUUUCUUUUUAACCUCACAGGCACUGCGCAUUUUGUUGAUACAUGGGCAGUUAAUAUCCUUACUGAUGGAAGCGCAUUACUCUUCAGACUCGCAUCUAAUGAAAAUGGUCAAAAUUAAAAUUCCCUUCAGGUUUCCUAUAA